AUGAUGCCGGCACAGCACGUUUACGGACACCACCAAUUUAAUCCACAAGCCGACUCGGCAUGGAUGCAUCAGCAGUCAAACCAGCACCACCAUGCGCAGCAAGCUGCUGCUGCCGCUGCUUCUGCCGUCCAGCAGCAGCAGCAGCAACAGCAGCAGCAACAGCAACAGCAACAACAACAGCAGCAACAGCAGCAGCAGCAGCACUACAACCGACUCGCUGGAGGUCACUCUACCGUUCCGUCCCUUGGCAACACGCAUGCUGCAGAUGGGGGUCACGAUAACAUUUCCGAGGACAACCGAAGGACUAUGGCCUACAUUGCUGACCUCUUGAACGAGAGCACUCGCGAGGCUGCCCUAUUGGAACUCAGCAAGAAGAGAGAACAGGUUCCUGAGCUGGCUCUCAUCUUGUGGCAUUCCUUUGGAGUCAUGACAUCGUUGCUGCAGGAAAUCAUUUCGGUCUACACCCUGCUGAAUCCUUCUCAACUUACGGCCGCAGCAUCCAACCGGGUUUGCAAUGCGCUAGCCCUUCUUCAGUGCGUUGCAUCUCACAACGACACGCGCACGCUGUUUCUGAAUGCCCAUAUCCCCCUCUUCCUCUAUCCCUUUCUCAAUACGACAUCGAAAUCCAGGCCGUUUGAAUACUUGCGAUUGACGUCACUGGGCGUCAUAGGCGCUCUUGUCAAGAAUGACUCGUCCGAGGUUAUCAACUUCCUGCUGACCACAGAAAUAAUCCCUCUAUGCCUUCGUAUUAUGGAGACGGGCUCCGAGUUGAGUAAGACUGUGGCCAUUUUCAUUGUGCAGAAGAUUCUCCUUGACGACAAUGGCCUGAAUUACAUUUGCGCCACUUAUGAACGCUUCUACGCCGUGGGAACUGUCCUCAGCAACAUGGUCGCUCAGCUUGUUGAACAGCAAACUGCGCGUUUGCUUAAGCAUGUCGUCAGGUGUUUUCUACGGUUGAGCGAUAAUGCUCGAGCACGCGAAGCUCUCCGUCAAUGCCUCCCUGAGCCUCUUCGAGAUGCAACCUUCUCUUCCGUUCUUCGAGACGACGCGGCAACGAAGAGAUGUCUAGCGCAACUCCUCAUAAAUCUUUCAGACAACGUCGUCGAACCGGCCCAAGGGCAACACCCUGGCCUUUGA